ACACACAAAAAAAAAAAAAAAAAAAAAGGAAAAAAAGAAAAAAAAAAUAAUAAUAAAAAGAAAAAAUACAUCCAUCUCAUCUCAUCAUCCCCAAACACACAAAUUAUGUUUUACGUGCUCUCGUCUCGAAUCUCUCCCUCAUUAUAAUCUAAUCAAAUAAAAUUGAUUAAUUUCAUCUUCUUCUUCUUUACAUAAAAACCCUAACUUUAUUCAAUAAAAUCAAUCGCCAUUUUUCUAAAAUCCAUCCAGAUAAGGUUUUCAUUGAAUCGAUCCGAUUUCCGAUCGAUUUUUGAGUGCACUUAUUGAUUAAUCCGAUCUUCCUGAUUUUACUCCUCCCGAGAGUUGAUCAGAAGGAGGUGAAUAGUUUUGGGGGGGAAAUGAGCUGGAUGUAAUUUGUAUGGGUGACGAUGCCACAACUGCGGAGUGGAGCACGUAGAUCAAAACGGAUUGGAGAUCUUCAGCAUCCUGCUACGCAGCCUGAAAACGUUGUUGCGCCAAGAGUAACGAGAAGGAAAGCUGGUGGAGGUAGAGGAAGGGGUGGUAAUGCUGCUGCAGCUGGUGUAGGGAAAGGGAGGCCAGCUGGUAGAGGUAGAGGUGUUAAGUUGAUUGAUUUGGACCCGGAACCGCCUUGUGAGGUUGUUCCUAACGUAGCUGCUGUUCGAAUUGCUGAACCUGUUGUUGACGUUGUUGCGGAGAAAGAUCUUGCUAUGGAAGGGGGGAGUGCUGAUAGAAUAAUGGGUGUCGAAGAAGACGGAAAUGCGACCCCGGUACCUGAUAAGGUAACAGUGGGUAGUUCUCCUCUUUAUAAGACGGAAAGGAAGUUGGGUAAGGGUGGUUUUGGGCAGGUGUACGUUGGCAGGAGGGUGACAGGUGGGUCCGGUAGAACUGGACCUGAUGCAGUUGAGGUAGCAUUAAAGUUUGAGCACCGCAAUAGUAAAGGUUGCAACUAUGGCCCUCCGUAUGAGUGGCAAGUAUACAGCACAUUGAACGGAUGUUAUGGGAUUCCAUCGGUUCACUACAAGGGCCGGCUAGGUGAUUUUUACAUUCUGGUUAUGGACAUGCUUGGACCCAGUCUUUGGGAUGUUUGGAAUAAUUUAGGCCAGUCGAUGUCACCAAAUAUGGUGGCUUGCAUCGCUGUUGAGGCAAUAUCAAUUCUUGAAAAGCUUCACUCUAAGGGGUUUGUGCAUGGAGACGUGAAACCAGAAAACUUCUUACUUGGUCAACCUGGAUCAGCCGAUGAGAAGAAGCUAUAUCUUAUUGAUCUUGGUUUGGCAUCAAAAUGGAAAGAGUCAUCAUCUAAUCAGCAUGUGGAAUAUGAUCAACGGCCAGAUAUAUUCAGGGGUACAAUAAGAUACGCAAGUGUACAUGCACAUUUAGGUCGUACCGGUAGUAGAAGAGAUGACCUGGAGUCAUUAGCAUACACAUUAAUAUUUCUCAUAAAAGGAAGGUUACCCUGGCAAGGUUACCAGGGAGACAACAAAAGUUUUCUUGUUUGUAAGAAGAAAAUGGCGACCUCACCUGAGCUUAUGUGCUGUUUUUGUCCAGCACCUUUCAAACAAUUUCUUGAAGCUGUUACAAAUAUGAAAUUUGACGAGGAGCCAAACUAUGCCAAACUUAUAUCCUUCUUUGAUUCCCUAAUUGAACCAGUCACAUCACUGAGACCAAUCAGGAUUGACGGGGCUCUCAAGGUUGGACAAAAAAGGGGUAGACUGCUUAUAAAUUUGGAAGAAGAUGAACAACCAAAGAAGAAAAUACGAGUAGGUACUCCGGCUUCACAAUGGGUAUCAGUUUACAAUGCGAGACGCCCAAUGAAGCAAAGGUAG